UUUACGCUUAUCUGCUUGCCGAAUCGGCUGCAUCGACGUCAUGAGACCACUGAUUUAAGACCAUGCGCAUGUUCAUCGCAACUGUGUCAGCCAGUUUUUGGAUAGUGCAGUCUUAUAGAACAAUGGCAGGUUAUUUCUAUAAAGAAACAUGUGACGAUAAAGCUGGGAUAGCUAAGAAUUCGGGCCUGUUCAUCGCGGCAUAUCACAUUAUUGCUGUCCAUAAGGAUACCAGAAGAAAAGAGUUCAAUUUUUGGGGUGCCGAGUACAAUGAAUUGUUUGUUGAAGGCAAGACAGUGAAGACAUGGAACUUCACCAAGUUCAAUGAGUUUCACAAUGAACAAUAUGAUGACUUCGAGAUGGUCGUCGGAUUUCUUGUUGUACGAACUGAUACAAAACGCAAGAACGACAAUCCUGUUGUGUUUGAGCACCGAAAUUAUACCUACAACAAGUCAGAACCAGGAACAGGGGACGACUUUUCCUCUAUGUAUUACGGGAGUACUUUCCGACCUGGUCGCAUUGAGAUCAAACUAUUUGAAGACGACAAGCUUACAAAAUACGAACGUACAUUUCUGGACUACACCCCUCCAGAAGAUUGCUACGCAACAGGCAGCUGGAUUGCAAACGAGGGAUUCUAUCUUUUGGACAAAACAACGCAGGAAUGGUAUCCUAUUUAUUACGACAUGUGGAGCGAAGAUGUGUUCAUCAUGUAGUUCGACAGUCAUGUAAUAUUCAUUGAUUUUUAUUUGCAGAUUUCUUUUGUGCCAUUGUUGACGUUUUUGCUAUUUAUUUCGGCAAUAAACACUGUCGUGUC